AUGCACCUAAAUAGGUUCCUAAAACAUAAAAAUAUCUUAAUUUUUGUUAAUUAUUAUUGGACGAUUUUAUUUAAUUUUAAUAAAACUAUUUUCCCUGUUUUUCCAAAAAAUAAAUGUAAAAUAUUUAAACAGUUCCACUGUUCCACAGUUACUUUUUUGUAUACCUACCUCCAUAUAUACACCUAUUUACAAAUUAUUUAAUCAUUUCCCUCUUUUAUUUGGUCACACUUUAUUUUGCGCUUCUGAGCAGCUGAUCACUGAGAAUUUGGAAAGGUGGGGGAGGUACUUCAUUUAUAUAUAAAAGCAUUUAUUUAUUUUUACUUUCAUUUUCAUUUUACUUUAUACCAUCGUGUAAAGCGGGCUAAUUUGCAAAUUUUGGUCGUGAUAAAUAUGGAAAUUGAA